CUGGCCGAUGAUCCCAAUGUGGUCAUUGCCAAGAUGGACGCUACAGCCAAUGAUGUGCCAUCUCAAUAUGAAGUCAGCGGUUUCCCUACAAUCUACUUUUCCCCUGCUGGACACAAGUUGAACCCAAAGAAAUAUGAGGGAGGACGCGAGGUCAACGACUUCAUCUCCUACCUGAAGAAAGAGGCCACCAACCCGUUGGUAGUGCAGAAAAAGAAGAAGAAGGAUGGCGACAAAUCAGAGCUAUAAAAGCUCCGAACAGGAACUCAGCAUCCACCCCAUCACAACAGGAGGAGGGUUGGGGAAGAUAAAGAACUAAAUUAUAUUCCACUCUUAGUGAACAAAUGCUCUGAAGCCGAAGUCCAACAGACUUCAUCCUUUAGGUCCUCCGCUGCUCUGGAUUACUGUGGAAGGUGGUGGCAAGGGUCUGCCCGAUUGUUAUUUUUUCAAACAGUAAAAUUUUUAGGGACGAGGGACCGCUUUUGAAUAAUUAAGAUUUGUAUUUCCUCUGGUCUGUCUACUACACAUCAUGCUGAUGCACUUUGGUUUGACACCAGUUUCCAGUCAUCUGUUGUUUUGGUUUUUGUCGUCAUCACAGGGGCUAACUACUUUUUUUUUUCUUGUUUGUAACUGGUCUUUGUUU